AUCCUGGUGAGUCUAAUAAAAGAGAGAAUACAUCCACAGUGGGAGAUUUUGGAGUUGGAAAGAGUUUUGGAAACAGAGGUUUUUCAAAUAACAAGUUUGAAGAAUGUGAUAGCUCUGGUUUCUGGAGAGAGUCUAGUAAUGACUGUGAAGAUAAUCAAACACGGAACAGAGGGUUUUCCAAGAGAGGCGGUUAUCAAGACGGCAAUGUUUCAGAAGCUUCAGGAUCAUCCAGAAGAGGUGGAAGAGGUAGUUUCCGAGGUUGCCGUGGAGGAUUUGGUCUAGGAAGUCCAAAUAUUCAUGAACAAGAUGAGGGGACCCAGCGCUCUGGUGGCAUUUUUGGUUCUAGAAGAUCAGCAUUAAGUGGUGCAGGUAAUGGUGACACUUUCCAAAGCAGAAGUGGUAGUGGAAGUGGACGAGGUGGUUACAAAGGUUUAAAUGAAGAAGUAAUUACAGGCUCUGGAAAGAAUUCUUGGAAGUCAGAAGCUGAAAGAGGAGAAAGUGGCGACACUCAGGGACCAAAAGUGACCUACAUACCACCUCCUCCACCUGAAGAUGAAGACUCCAUCUUUGCACAUUAUCAGACAGGCAUAAACUUUGACAAAUAUGAUACUAUUCUUGUAGAAAUAUCUGGACAUGAUCCACCACCAGCAAUUCUGACUUUUGAAGAAGCUAAUCUUUGUCAGACAUUGAAUAACAACAUUGCUAAAGCUGGUUAUACUAAGCUUACUCCUGUGCAAAAAUACGGUAUUCCUAUUAUACUAGGAGGACGAGAUUUGAUGGCUUGUGCUCAGACAGGCUCUGGAAAGACUGCAGCUUUUCUCUUGCCAAUUUUGGCUCAUAUGAUGCGUGAUGGAAUAACUGCCAGUCGUUUUAAAGAACUGCAGGAACCAGAGUGUAUUAUUGUAGCACCAACUCGAGAGUUGAUCAGUCAGAUCUAUUUGGAAGCCAGAAAAUUUUCUUUUGGGACUUGCGUAAGAGCAGUUGUCACAUAUGGGGGAACCCAGUUGGGGCAUUCAAUUCGACAAAUAGUACAAGGCUGUAAUAUAUUAUGUGCUACUCCUGGGAGACUGAUGGAUAUCAUAGGCAAAGAAAAGAUUGGUCUCAGACAAGUCAAAUACUUGGUUUUGGAUGAAGCUGAUCGCAUGCUGGAUAUGGGUUUUGGACCAGAGAUGAAAAAGUUAAUUUCCUGCCCAGGAAUGCCGUCAAAGGAACAGCGUCAGACCCUUAUGUUCAGUGCAACUUUUCCAGAAGAAAUUCAAAGGUUGGCUGGGGAGUUUUUAAAGUCGAAUUAUUUGUUUGUUGCUGUUGGACAAGUGGGUGGAGCAUGUAGAGAUGUUCAGCAGACCAUUCUUCAAGUUGGCCAGUACUCAAAAAGAGAAAAACUUGUUGAAAUUCUACAAAACAUAGGUGAUGAAAGAACUAUGGUCUUUGUUGAAACUAAGAAAAAAGCAGAUUUUAUUGCCACUUUUCUUUGUCAAGAAAAAAUAUCAACAACAAGUAUUCAUGGUGAUCGUGAACAGAGAGAAAGAGAGCAAGCUCUUGGAGAUUUCCGCUGUGGAAAGUGCCCCGUUCUUGUUGCUACUUCAGUAGCUGCGCGAGGGCUGGAUAUUGAAAAUGUUCAGCAUGUUAUUAAUUUUGAUCUUCCUUCUACCAUUGAUGAAUAUGUUCAUCGAAUUGGGCGUACUGGUCGUUGUGGAAAUACUGGCAGAGCCAUUUCCUUUUUUGAUCUGGAAUCAGAUAGCCAUUUAGCACAGCCUCUAGUGAAAGUGCUAUCAGAUGCUCAACAGGAUGUUCCUGCCUGGUUAGAAGAAAUUGCCUUUAGUACAUAUGGUCCUGGCUUCAGUGGUAGUACAAGAGGAAAUAUGUUUGCAUCAGUUGAUACUAGAAAGAAUUACCACGGCAGGAGCUCUUUGAACACAGCAGGGUUUUCUUCAUCACAAGCUCCUAAUCCAGUAGAUGAUGAGUCAUGGGAUUAAAACGAAAAUAACCUGCAAGUUUGUGGUACAGUUUUGAUGCAGAGAAGAAAGUAGUUUUGAUUUUUGAUUUUUUAGAACAGAAGUAUGAAACCUUGCAUCUCCUAUCCUUCUGUUUGUACUCCCACCCUUAAAAAAAAUUCCUUACUGACUAGUUAUGUGACAUGCUAAAAGUUACAACGGUGCAAUUACUAAUACAAAUGGUGUUAACCAGAAAGAUUAAAACAUUCUAAAUAUCUUGCCUAUUUCUAUUGUAUUCUUCAAGGGUUUUAGACAUAGUUCAUGUCUAAAUGCCAUGUCUUAGUAUAGUGUUUAUUGAUCCUAGAGCAAACAGGAUUAUAGGAUACACUUUUGGUUAAAAAUUAUUGGGUUCUAUUUUUGCUUAAAAGGAGCCUUUAAACAAUAGUGUGUCACUGAAACGUAAUGACAUGAUUUUCAUGAUAGAUACAGUGAAAGACAAGCUUUUAAAAGCAGUUUUGAUUUUAUAUCAUCAGAUGUGUGAUGAACAUGAUUGAAUGUUUGCAACGUGAACUCUGUACUCAAUGAUACAACUGUUUGUAUUUAUAAUAUACAGACUUCUCCUUAAAAAUAAAGGAUGAUGCUGUUCUCU